UGACAAUUCAAAAUUUAGUCUGCGAUGUGUCAUGGAAUUUCACAUUUUGCUUGUUUUAUCGGCUUAAUUAUUUAAUUUUAUUUAUUAAUCCCUCUAAUCAAGUAGCCUUAUUGCUUCUACUAGUGACCAUAAUGUCGGAGCGGUUAAAAAGUACGGAAAACGUGUCAAAUGAGGAUGUAAUUGAGGACCUCACGAAGGAUCUAAAAGAUUCGCUAAAUACUCGUGAAAAUCUUGAUGAAUUCGUUAUUAGCCCUGCUAAUUCGAGUUCAAAUGACUCGCCAGUUCAUUUGGGAGAGCCUCACAAAUCAGACUUUACACCAUACAGCGAUCACAUUCCACUAGACGAUGACAAGAUGGAAGACGUAGAUGUUGAGAAAGACGGUGACGGAGACAAAGAGAGCGACACAGACUCGAUAGACGAAGAAGAAUUAAAAGACACAGAACUAGACUUAACGGAUGACCAGAAGGAGGAAAGAAAGAUUAUUGCUGAAGAUUUGAAGGUUGCGGGCAAUAAUGCGUUCAAAGACGGCGAGUUUGAGAGGAGUAUAGAGAAAUAUACAGAAGGCCUAAAGACCUGUCCGCUGCAGUACCCACAGCAAAGAGCCAUCCUGUACUGCAACCGGAGCGCUGCCAAAAUGAAGCUUGAGAAGUACAAGCAAGCAAUCAAAGACUGCAGCAAGGCUAUCGAGCUGGACGAUAAAUAUGUUAAGGCGUAUAUCAGACGGGCACAAUCAUAUGAACACACAGAAAAGCUGGACGAAAGUCUAGCGGACUACAAGAAAAUCCUUGAACUAGAUCCUUCCCACAGCGAGGCACACCGAGCCACCAUUCGUCUCCCACCGUUGAUAGAAGAGAAAAAUGAAAAACUCAAAGCAGAAAUGCUCGGAAAGCUGAAAGACUUAGGCAAUAUGAUUCUAAAGCCGUUCGGUCUGUCAACUGAGAACUUCCAACUCGAACAAGACCCGGAGUCUAAAGGAUAUAAAAUUAAUUUUAAGCAGUAAAUAGUGUAUAUUAUGUGAUAUUAAAUGUGUAUGGAUAUGUA